UAUUCUACAGACUAACUUGGUGAUUCUAUGUAAACCAUGUCAUGCAACUAUGCUGAGGGGCUCAGCCCCUAUCCUGACAAGGGACAAGUGGGAAUGCCUGAGCGUUUUGCUGGCAAAGAAGAAUUGUCUCAGAAGGUGGCUGAACUUGCAGCACUCAUGAAGGCAUCCAGACACACAGUUUUCCAUACUGGUGCUGGUAUCAGUACAUCAGCUGGCAUUCCUGACUUCAGAGGCCCUAAUGGUGUGUGGACACUUGAGAAGAAGGGCCUCAAGCCUGAGAUAAACGUCUCUUUUGAUGAUGCUCGGCCGACUUACACGCACAUGGCUUUGGUGGCGCUUGAAAAAGCUGGCCUCAUUCAGUACUUGGUGACACAAAACAUUGAUGGCUUACAUCUGCGGUCUGGGUUUCCACGCCGUAAGAUGGCAGAGCUGCACGGCAACAUGUACCUGGACAAGUGCUCAGUAUGCAAGAGGGAGUUUGUGCGGUCCACUGCGGUGUCAACGGUUGGUCAGAAGUCUCUGGGCGUUGGCUGUCCUGGCAAGAGAGACACCGGACGCCAGUGUCGCGGACGCCUGCAUGACAACAUCCUCGACUGGGAGCAUGACCUGCCACACCUCGACUACAACCUGGCUGAGAAGCAUUCCAUUGGUUCCGACCUGAGCGUGUGUCUCGGCACGACCCUGCAGAUCAUCCCCAGCGGCGUGUUGCCCACGCUGGCGAAGCAGAGCGACGGCAAACUCGUCAUAUGCAACCUGCAGCCUACCAAACACGACAAGAUUGCGGACAUAAUAGUGAACGGUUACGUGGAUGACGUGAUGCAAGAACUCUUAUCUCUUCUUAACAUACCAUGCGCGGAGUACAGCAUGGAGCAAGACCCUGUGCUCAUCACACGAGCCCUCAAGAGCAAGCUCACCAAAGUCGCCGAGUCUGAACUAAUUGAAUGGACAAUUCCAGACACCUGGUUUGAUGAUAAAGAUCUCAUUGAGAAAGUGCGCCGAAAAAAAGCAAUCAUUAACAUGAAGAACACCGGGAAGAAGUGUGCGAGAACACCGAAAGUUGAUCGAAAGAAAAGAAGGAGUCCUAUCAAAGCUGAGGUGAAAGAAAAAACUGAAGAGUCUUCAUCUCAAGAUGAGACUCUCAGUGCUCGAAAUCAGAGGUACAGGAAACGUUCAUCUGUAACCGACUUUGUUAUGCCACCUAAGAGAAAAAGACGGUCAAGGUCUAAAGUCAAUGUAGAUGAAGAUGACAGUCAAAUUUCGGAAAAACUUGACACUAAAACAGAGCACGUAGAAACUGAUACUAAGAGCAAUUAUGCUUCACCUGAAAUCAAUGAAAAUUCCCCGUCAUUAAAAUCCGUGUCGAACCUGGACGUUGUUGCGUGCCAUGGUUCUCAUGUUGGUGGGAAAAGAAGACUAGAUGUGGAAGAGGAGAGCGCUGUCCAGGAGGAAGGUACCAAUCCAUUAUCAAAGAUCGAUUCCAAAAGUUUAACCCACAACAAUGGCGAAGUUUCAUCACCUGGAGCUGAAGUUAUUGAUGGACACCUAGGAAAUGGUACAGUAGCAUCUAGUUCACCAUUGCGGUCCGUAUCAACAAAAGAAAACUGUGUCAAACGCCAAAAAGUUGAACAUUGCGAGUUGCGUGACAGUGCUACUACUAACGCCGAAGAUAGAAUGUUGAACGCUAACACAAUAUCUCCUGAUUGUAAGCAAAUUAUGAAAAUCCCAAUUCAUGCUGAAGGGAGUUCAACAACUGAAAAUAUUGUUCUAAAUCCUGUACGAUCAAAUGACCUUCAGACCAUCAAUCCUCAAAAAAUUGAAAUCGCGCCAGACUCCAAACUAACUGAAGCAGAAGCUUUGGUUAUGUCAGCAAAAAUGGAAGUCGUUGGCAAGCCAACAGAAAUGAUUGCGUUGUGCGAUCAGCCAAAAAAUGAUGGCGUGGAAAAGCCUAAAAUUGAUGAAGCUAUCAGUGAGGUGACAAAAACCGAAGCUGUCGACGAGUCUCUAAAAACUGAAAUCACCACCAAGGUAACAAAAUCUGAAACUGUCGAUUCGGAAAAAAGUGCUCUUAGCAGCAAGAUGACAAAAACUGAAACUGUUGGAAAUUCUAAAAAAACUGGAGUUAUCACCAAAGUGGCUGAAAAUGAUGCAGGUUCUAAAUCAGCAAAAUCUGAAAUUGCGAGUGAGGAAACAAAUGAAGGAGCUGUUGUUUAUUCUGCAAAAACUGGGGUUACUAAUGAGAGGACAAAAGCUGAAACUUUUGGUGAACCUGCAAAAACUAAAGCUGUUGGUGAGUCUGCAGAAACUGAAGUUCUCAGCAGAAUGAGAAAAACUGAAGCUACUACCGGAGAACCAGCAAAAAUUGGAGAUAUCAAUGAUAUUGCUAAUACUGAUGCAGGUCCUGUGUCAUUGAAAGCAGAAGUUACCAGCAAAGUGACAAAUACUCUCCACAAAAUUUCCAAGCCUGACGCAGUCUACGAAUCACUGAAAACUGAUGCAGUUAGUGCAACUCCUAAAACUGAUGCAGUUAGUGCAACUCCUAGAACUGAUGCAGUUAGUGCAACUCCUAAAACUGAUGCAGUUAGUGGAACUCCAAAGACUGAUGCAGCUAGUGGAACUCCAAUAAGACUGAUGCAGUUAGUGGAACUCCAAAGACUGAUGCAGUUAGUGGUACUCCCAAGACUGAUGCAGUUAGUGGAACUCCUAAAACUGAAAUUGUUGACUUUUGCAAAUUUGAUGAAGUUGGUGGUAUUCCUAAAGCAAAUGAAGACGUCAAAGCAGUCAAAGUUGAUGGAGAUAUAGAAAUAGAGAAAGCCAAAACAGAUGUGGCCAUAAAAACGGCAACAACUGAUGUGAAUUUCGAGGCAACAAAAAUAGAUUUUGGCAUCAAAACCACAAAAACGGAUGAAGAUAUCAAGUCUAUACAAACUGAUACAGCGAAUGAGACUGCAAAAACAGACAGGGGCACUGAGUCCUUGAAGACUGAUUCAGGCAUGGAAUCGCCAAAAAAUGAUGCAGAAACACUUCCAGCGCGGCCAGGUAGUGAAAGUUCGGUUGAUAAUGAUAUCGCAAAAAUAAAUAUUGCAGCCACCGAUUCUGCUGACGAGAAAAUUUCAGAAAGAAAAACCCAGCAAUUGGGCAUUUUGGAAGGAGGUCUAACUUCACAUUCAGUUUCAACCAAGCCAGUGGUUGAUUCAAGUUUAGCUUGUAGCCUUUUAUCUGAGCCCAGGUCCCCUAGUGCCAACUCCAACCAAGAUGAAGCUAAGUUUUCUUAGUGCUGUGAAGGCAUUGGAAAGCAUGCGCUCAGUUGCAUACAUUGAUGAAAAUUGUAAUGCUUCUCUACAAAUGUGUGAAGAUGACACCAUCUAAUGUACAAAAUUGGUAAUAACAUUCCGUCAAGAAAUGCUAUUUCCGCACUGUCAGUGUCAACUAAUCUCUCAACUUUGCUGCCAUCAACUAAUGUCACGCCUGAUAUGCAUGAAUCUUCUGACAUCUAGAUUGUUUCUCUGCCGUCAAUAAAUUACCAAUCAGUUCCGCAUGAGCCCUCCACUGAGCAAUUAACCACUGACAACCUUAGCCAUCUUGCCACAGUGAACUACAUGCCAACUGUAGAAAAGGAUGUUAAAUGAGAGUCCCAUUGCUACGGCACUUACAUACAUCGUCGGCUCAGAAAAACUCUCACAUUAACACAGGCUGAGCACAAAAACUGCCUAACGUGAAAAGCUCAUUCUCUUUUAUUCAUUUUGGUCAACAAUUUCGUAUAUCAAAGUUUAGUCUUCAGUAAAAUAUGCUAGAAGGCAGUUAUUGUUGGUGAUUCGUUCUCACGAUUAGCUUGGUUUAUAGAUUUUAUCCUAUUUGAUGCUCUUGCUAUAUGAUUGGAAUUGAAUCUGAUUCUCGGGUUAGCUGAAGUUAGUUUAGGUAAAAAUUCAAGUCAAAUCUUACUUCGAUGAUUUGUAGUAGUAAAGCACAUGAACCUCCGCCUGCCAAGGAGUACGCAUAUACUCUACGUACAUUGACCGAUCUAAAUUUACAAAUGGAUAUCAUUUACAGAAUUAGUUACAAAAGUCUAAAGUAACAACGAUCUUUUAUGGCCCUUUCUCACCAGGCGAUGGGUUAGUGAGAACAAAGACAACCUGUUACUUAUCUUUCUUCUUUGAAGUUUUAUCAGUUGGCAUUGGUGAAAAUUGUAUGAUGCUUUUAGAAUGUAGAUCAAUGGUUGGUGGCAGAAUCACGAGGGGUGACGUUUGUAAACCUCAUUUCCCUGAUUCAUGCAUUGCAGACCUACGAGCGAAGCAGCUGCAUUAUAUGUUUACCUGAUCUGCUCUCAUUUUCAGUCCAUUGCGCCCGCUGAACUUAUCGCCCUCGAACGAUUGAAAAUUUCAAAUGCGCAUCUUCACCUCUUACACGGAGGUUGAAUUCUACUGCAAGUAAUUUCAAGAGAUAUAUUGCGCUGGUACUUCUCUUGGAUUACGAAUAAUUUGUGUAAUGUUAACAGAUACUUUUAGUGAGUGGUGUAGAUGACUUCAUUGUUUUUGGUUUUCAAGCGCGUGUCAAUUUUUAUCAAUUCUAGUGCACUGAUUAUUUUUCUUCAAUUAGCAAGUGGUUUUUUCGUGUAUUUCAUCAUAAAAUAUUCUAGGAAUGAAUGUAUACGUUAUGUUUUAAUCACUAUCUAACUUAAAGCUCUUAACUACAUUAAUUUAUUAUUAAAGUUCCGCAGGUCCUGUAAUUUUUGCAUUGUUGUCUUGAGAAAAGCGUUAAAUAAAUACCUAUGU